AUUCCAUGGCAUCAAGUGGUUGCAAUCAGCCUGGAUUACAAUUGUACAUGCGUGUGCUCAUACAUGACAUGAUUGCAGUGCACCUAUAGUAGAUAGAUAGACAGACAGAUUUGGUGUGGGCUAUAUAGGCUGCUAGAGCUGGAUUACAAUAUAAAUAGCAGUUCAUAUGAGCGUGCGCAUACAUGUGUCAUGUGUGAGCUCUGCUCUGCUUGCUGUCAAGAGUCUGUGCUCACUGCUCACCUCUCAUUGCAGUGUUGCACGAGUGCGCCCAGCCAGCAGCCAUGAUCCUUCUCUAGAUCUCUAGCUAUCUAUAAUGAUCCUUUUCACCUUCUUUGUUCCACACGCAUACAACAUAUAUAUACGAUCGAUCGAUCGGUCGACGAGCUAGCACCAUUGUUUCCCCUCUGAGAAGAUCAGUUGUGGCCUCCACACAUGCUUCUACUUAGCAGUAAGUUGAAAAGCUUGUGCACUUGAUUUCAGUUCACAAGACAUCGAGCUAGCUUGCUACCAGGCAGAAAGGUAGAUGCUAGCAAUGGAGCAUCAGCAGGAGGAGUCGUGUGUUCCCCCGGGGUUCAGGUUCCACCCCACGGAGGAGGAGCUGGUGGGGUACUACCUGGCUCGGAAGGUGGCCGCCCAGAAGAUCGACCUCGACAUCAUCCAGGAGGUGGAUCUCUACCGGAUCGAGCCAUGGGACCUCCAAGAGAGGUGCGGCGGCGGCGGCAGGGGAGGACGGGGAGCGUGUCAGGUGGCGGAGGAAGAUCAGUCGUUGUCGGAGUGGUACUUCUUCAGCUUCAAGGACCGCAAGUAUCCGAGCGGCACGCGCACCAACCGCGCCACGGCGGCCGGGUUCUGGAAGGCCACCGGCAGGGACAAGCCGGUGAUAUCGUCGAGGAGCCGAGGGGUAAUCGGCAUGAGGAAGACGCUGGUGUUCUACAGGGGCCGGGCACCCAACGGCAGGAAGACCGACUGGAUCAUCCACGAGUACCGCCUCCAGACCAGCGAGCACGCGCCCACCCAGGACGAAGGUUGGGUGGUGUGCCGGGCGUUCCAGAAGCCGGCGCCGAACCAGAGGCCGUCCUACAUCUUCCCCGCGUACGCCGCCGCUCCGGAUUUGGGCGGCUAUUACGACGCGCGGCCCUGGCUGCAGCUGCACGGCCAAGGUGGCGGUGACCUCCAUUACCUGCAGAGCGCCGCUGGCGCUGCCGCAGCCGGCGGCCUCGACGUCAAGUACUCCUCCGAGGACCUGCUGGACUCCAAGCAGAGUCUCUUCGACAAUAUCCCACAGCUUAUCCAGAGCCCGCAGACGACCGCCCUUCUAGGCUGCGGCGACGAUGCCAUCCUCCAGCAGCAGGGACAGGGACAGACGGUGCUCGGAAUCGACUGGAACUUCCUGGACAGCCUGUUGUCCACGUCGCAGCUGCACGAAUACUCUGCCACUGCUGCGUCCCAUCUGCACCUAGAGCAGUGAAGUAGAGUUAGCGGACAUACGGCCCUAGCAGCAUCGAUUUCAUUUUAUAUAUGAUUUCAUAGUAGAUGAUGUCAGGGACACUUGGUUGACACUUGUACCUAGCUAGACUAGUCUGUUCCACUUAGUGCGUCAUGUGUUUCCCUGUAGACCACUCUG